AUGGCAAGCGUUGCGACAUCUUUCUCGCCACAAAAUUCGGCGGCAUCUACGAAAGCCCCAACGAAUACGUCCCCGACGCGUGUGAGGCGGAACUAUCCCCGCGUCUUGGACAAGAAUUCCUCCAAGAAUAGGACGAUUGUGAAGACGCUGCAUAAUAAUGCUUGCGAAAAGAGGUGUACGGCGGAGCAGUUGGCGUUAGCUUGGUUGUUGACUCAGGGGGACGAUGUAUUUCCUAUUCCCGGGUGA